AUGAAGGACCUGAAGACCGUGAAGGUGAUCGGAGCUGGAGCGGCCGGGGUGGUGCGCCUGGUGAUGAACAAGAAGACAGGAAUGAGGUAUGCGCUCAAGCGAGUCAGGAAGAACGGCGGGAAGAUCCCGGUCGAGGUGAAGCGUGAGUGUGAGCUUCUCAAAGCUCAAGAGCAUCCCUUCAUCAUGAGACUCGUGCAGACGUUCGAGACGAGCAAGAGCGUCUACAUCCUCACUGAGCUGAUUACUGGUGGAGAGCUCCAUGGUGCCAUCCGUGAGAUUCCCACAGUGCUCUCGAGGUCCCAGGCGCAGUUCUACACAGGCUGCUUGGUCAUUGUGCUCGAGGAACUUUGUGAGAAGAACAUUGUGUACCGAGACCUGAAGCCCGAGAACGUCAUGCUUGAUGCACAAGGAUACCUCAAGCUCAUCGACUUUGGCAUUGCAAAGAAGCUGGAGGAGGGAAAGACCCGGACUUUCACCAUGAUCGGGACUCCCCACUACAUGGCUCCAGAGAUCAUGCGAGGACACGGCUACGGCACAGAGGUCGACUUGUGGUCACUCGGUGUCAUCCUCUUCGAGUUUGUUUGCGGCUACUUGCCUUUUGCGGACGAACUUGACGAUCCCACAGAAGUUUGCACUGCAGUGCUCAAGGACCCGCUGGAGUUUCCUGGUCGGUUCAAGGAUGCGCAGUGCAAGGCGGUGAUACAGGGCAUGCUGAACCGGCAGCCGAAGAAGCGGCUGGGAGCAGGCCUCAAUGGUUGGGAGGACAUCAGGAGCUCGGAGUUCUUCACUCAGGGCCACAACUCCACGACCCUGUUUGACAAGAUCAUGGGCCGAGAGCUGGAAUCACCUGUUGUGCCAAAGGGCGAGACCUAUUGUGAGCCCUCGGAGAUCGACUUUUCCCUCAGCGAUGACAAUGAGCUUGGCUAA